AACAGCAACAUGAACAGUCGCUUCACAACCAUGCACAUUUUUUCAAAACGCGUUUUCCAAUAAAUCUCCAAUCGUCGUUUUCCAUUUGUGCCACUUCCUGCUACGUAGUUCGUCCGUUUUAUUCUGAAGGUGCAAACCGGAAGCCAGCCUUUUAAAGCCCCGUUCUGCUUGACGCCGCUCUUCCCGUACGCCCCGUGAUCUCCAGAACAACACAACAAAGUAGGGGGAGAACAUGGCGAGCGGAGAGGAGACCAGCAGACGCCCCUCGGUUACCUCCUCUUCGGUCGGCCUGGAGGCGCUGUUCCCCGCCGGGACAUCGGAGCAGAGCUGCGGCGACGCGGAGCUCGUCCGCCUGCGGGAGCGUCUGCAGCCGUGGCUCGCGCAGUACGAGCCCCCGCUGCUGUGGCUGCAGCGGCUGCUGGUGUGGGAGAGGCCGCUGUGCAGCGUCUCCGUCGCCCUGACGCUCAACACGUUGUUCUGGCUCCUGUCCUCCACCUCGCUGCGGCCUCUCUUCCUGCUCAGUGUGUCCCUGCUGGGACUCAUGCUGCUGGAGAGGUGGAAGCCCGCGUUGCCCGCCAUAACUGUUCAACAUGCAGAGGCUCAGCCCGUACAAAGUGAAACGAUGGGCGUGGAGCAGCGUCUGCUCAGUGUUCCCGAGCUCAGCCACCACCUGGCCGAGAGCUACCUGACCUGCUGCCUGUACCUGCAGGAGAUGCUGCAGUACAAACGACAGAACCACGGCAAGUUCUGUCUGAUGAUGUGCAGCAGCUGCUUUGCACUUGCCGUGGUUGGCCAUUAUGUACCAGGAAUCAUGAUCUCCUACAUAAUAGUCCUGAGCGUGCUGUUGUGGCCGCUGGUGGUGUACCACGAGCUGAUCCAGAGGAUGUACACGGGCUUGGAGCCGAUCAUGAUGAAACUGGACUACAGCAUGAAGGGAGAGACUGAGCACCGCAAGCACGACAAGAGGAAGGUAAAGAAAGAGGAGGAAGAGGGGGACGAGCCAACAGCUGAAACAGAGAGUGAGAGUGAGGAGGAGCUGUCGUGUUUUGCGCCGACGGUGGAUGUGAAGACCACAGCUCUGGCGAUGGCCAUCACGGACUCUGAGUUGUCGGACGAGGAGGCAUCCAUCUUGGAGAGUGGAGGGUUCUCCGUGUCCAGGGCCACCACUCCUCAACUCACCGACGUGUCUGAAGACCUGGACCAGCAGAGUUUACACAGCGAAACAGAGGAGCCCUACCUUCGCGACCUCCCCGAGUUCCCCUCAGUCGAGGAGUUCCCGUCCAUUGAACAACACCUGCUCCACUUUCCUCUGCGGGCUCCCAGUCAGGUUGAUGUUGCCCAGGCUGGUGCUCAAUCGGAGGGAGAACUGCUGAGCCCCGCCAGCCUCCUCAUCCAGCACCUUGCAUCCCCGCUCCACUUUGUGAACACGCACUUCAAUGGACAUGGAAGACCACCGGGGAGUGAGGAGGGCGUUUUGCCCGCGACAGGUUCACGACAGGAUGCAGGAAGGGGGGAGGAGGAGGAUAAGGAAGCUGCAGUAACCCAGGGUGCGCAGCGUUCCUUGGAGGCCUUGAGCGAGGAGAUAGUGAGCACAGCCAUCUCCACUGUGGUGCAGAACACACUGUCGGCGCUGCUAUCGUCCAGUGAGGCCAGCGAGGAGCCAUGCCUGGCCGAGUUCCUCCCCACCGAAACCCUACCGGGCAUUCUGGAGACCCCCGCCCAACCCACCGACACCACUGCUAACACUACAGUCACUACGAUGGGGCCGCUGGAGCCUGACGAGGAACUGGAAGAGGCCAUCACGAUAAUAAGAGGCACCCCCGAGGAGAUGCCCGACGACACGCUCGUCCCGACUGAGGACGAGGACUUUGAGCUUCUGGACCAAAGUGAACUGGAGCAGUUGGAUGAGGGUCUGGACAUCAGCUCUGACAGACAGGUAGUGGGAGGAGCCCCAGACACACCUCCAUCUCCUCAACAUCAACCGCAGUCAUAGCUUCCCUAUUGGCCGAUGUGUCCCCACCUCCAACCGUUUUGUUUUUAUUUGUAUGUUUGAAUUACAUUAUAUCCCAUACAUACUGAUAUAUACAAAACAUUUAUCAAAGAGUUUGGCAUUUAAUACUGUUGGUUGUUGAUUGUGCGGAAGAUGGUUGAGAUGGCUCGGUUCAUUGUUUUCCUAGCCUCAUAUUGCGGGGUUCAGUUCAGCCUAGUUACCCGUGUUGUUUCUAGUGUAGUUCGGUUUAUCUGGCAUUGAAAUUAGCUCGAUAAUUUACGACGCAAAUUUCUCACUGCACAAUUAUAAAAAACAAAUCUGUUCCCAGGUCCGUCACAAUGAUGACGACUUUGUUUUCCACCGUGGUGAAGAGCUGAACCCUUCUACUGUGUUUUCAUCCAGAAGUGGAUGUUGAUCAAAAAGGUGUCAUGAAGAGUUGAAAUGUUGGAUUAUAAAGCUAUUAAUAACUAUUAAUAUAUACUAUAAAUUAUUUUAUUUAAUGGUCAGUUGAUGAAGCCUUUGUUUUUUUGGGGGGUGACAAAAACUGAGGAGGGAGUUUGAACGUAAAUUUGAUCCCUUUCGUUAAAGAUUGUAUAAUAAGUAUAUUAAUGACGACACCAUGGACGACCACAUUUAAAAAGUAGUCACAUAUUCCCAGAGCUAGACUAUAUUGUGAGACUAUACUGUAUUAUCCUUUUCCUUAUUCCGCAACCCCCCGAGGUCUCCACGGUUACAGUUUUGACAGAAGCAUUAGGUCAUCUGUGAUCUUUCACUUGUUGCCUGGAGAUGAAAACUUAAAUCUUUGACGUUGUUGGAUGUUGACGAUGACGAGUAGUCGAUCCAAGUGACUUCGAUGUGGCAAGGUAAAAAAGAAAUGUUCCCAGUUUUCUUCGUUGUGACUGAUGCUUCUAUGUUCAUUUGUCCGUGUGAACAGGAUUCAAUUCCACACAACUAUAUGUCAUUGGCGUGUACGCAAUUCAAUUUCUUCUUGAUCUGGCUUCUUGUUGGAUAGGCCCGGCUGUUUGUGCGUGUACAGCCAUCACUGGGAUAUGUAUAUUUACCAAAUGACUUCCUUUGUGCAACGACAAGUCCAUGCAUGCCAUGAAUCAUGCAUGUAUUUACCAUAAUCAAUAUUUGAGGUAAACUUCCAAAAGAUUGUUUCUUUUAUCGGAACAUUUCUUUUUCUUUCUUUAUUUGAAGGGAUGUAAAUCUGGCCACUGCAAGGGAAAACUUAUGAUGUGACAAAAAGAAACGUAACACUAUAAUGGACUGUAUGAAGACGUCCGAUUUUGCUUUUGUAAACCACUCGGCAUCCAACUCUCAGGGGUGGGUUGUACAAACUGAAUAUAACGGAAUACGUGUCCACUUCCUGAAUUGUCGUUGUGCAUAGCAUUCGUACUAACCCUCUUCCUUUUGUUUUCAGUCUAAGCCUCCUUGUGUAUAGUGUAGAAAUGCUCAAAAGGAACGUGUAUAUUCUGCAUGUAAAAACCGCACUCUGUUCAAAGUUCUCCUUGUCAGCUGACAAAGUACAACACAAUUUGUGAGAGGAAGGAAAAAAAAAAGUAAAUUUGAAUGUUCCAGGUUAAAACAGCCCAUUGAAUUGUUUGAUAUUCAAUUACCAACAGGGGGAAGAAAAGUUCUGAUUUUUAAAAGACUACCCAACUGUAAAUGGAAAUAGGUGGCAACAUCAGAAUCUGAGGAUAUAACCAGACUAGUUUGUGCAAGUUAGUAUUGUGUUUAAUGCUUCAAAUACGGCUUCUUGAACUAUAUUAAAAGACACUUACAGAACUGUACAAUUAAAAAAAAAAAGGAAUAUAUUUUCUAAUUUCUCCCUUUUCCAUAAAGUACUCAGUUUGAUCUUUUACAUCUUAACAUAUAACAGCUAUGGGUGAGUUUCACAAAGCAGAAAAGUUUUAUUGUCGUUAUUAAACUGGUAAAAAAAAGAAACAGAAAAAAACUCCAUAUGUGAAACUAAAGAGAAUAAAAGAACAAACUGAAACAAA